UUUUAUUAGUAUAGGGUACCUUUCGUUGAUUGCACUUCAUUCACACGUCUAUGGUUUUUUUAUUCAAAUUUUUUAUGUAAACAACGAAAAAUGAGCAUUCUAAAAGUGGUCGUUUCCAGACAAAUUCUCGGCAGUUCUUUGGCCCGAACGAAUAUGCCAACGUUAUCGUCAUGCAAAUUUAGCACGGCAACAGACACUGUUUUAUUCGAUGAAGUCAACAAUAAUGGGUUAAUCACAAUAAACAGACCAAAAGCGUUAAAUGCCAUCAAUUUGGACAUGGUUAGGAAGAUUUACGCUAAACUCAAGCCAUGGGAAGACACAAAAAAUUUAGUUGUCAUCAAAGGUGCGGGCGAGAAGGCUUUUUGUGCGGGCGGUGAUGUUCGUGCGAUUGUCGAAGCUGGUCCAACACCCGAAUCCAAAGCCUUUUUCCGCGAAGAAUACAAAUUAAAUGCCUUGAUCGGGUAUUACAAGAAACCGUAUGUGGCGAUUAUCGAUGGCAUCACGAUGGGAGGCGGCGUCGGUUUGUCCGUUCAUGGAAAAUAUCGCGUAGCUACAGAACGAACACUUUUCGCCAUGCCCGAGACCGCAAUUGGCCUCUUUCCCGAUGUUGGCGGCGGUUAUUUCCUUCCUCGGAUGACAGGAAAACUCGGAUUGUAUCUCGGCUUGACGGGUUUCCGCUUGAAAGGACAAGACGUGAAAAAAGCCGGAGUCGCAACGCAUUUCGUGAGCAGCUCCAAAGUGGAAGAACUCGAAAAAGCCCUUCUUGAAUCGAGUGGCAGUGCGAGCGACGUUGAUGCCAUCCUCAAAAAGUUCGAUGAGGACGAUGGAAAGCCAUUUGUGCUGGAAAAGGAAAUGUCGGACAUUAAUCGACUCUUCCAACAUAGUCGCGUCUCGGAAAUUAUGCAUUAUUUGAAGGAAGAAGAGACGGAAUUCUCGAAAAAUACGCUUAAAUUGCUCGCGAAAAUGUCGCCUACGAGUUUAAAAGUGACAAAAAGACAAUUAGAUUACGGCGCAGAAAUGGAUUUGAAGGAAUGUCUCAAGAUGGAGUAUCGCUUAGCGGUUCAUCACACGGAAAAGAGCGAUUUUAAGGAAGGUGUUCGUGCCUUGUUGAUCGACAAAGACCAAAAUCCUAAAUGGAAUCCACGCACAAUCGAAGAGGUGACCAUGUCGCAUGUCGAUGACUUUUUCGAAAAGCUGCCAGAGUCGGAAGAAUUGAAAUUCGACGAUGAAACAACGAGCAAGUUGUAAAAUUCCAAGUGCCAAUUUUUAUUAUUUUUCUUUUCCGUUGAAAAUUUGUUACAAAGUACCUUUAAAAAUAAAAAUUUAUAUUUUUACAUG